UAAAAUUGAGUAUUCAUAUCAUCAUUCAUAAAAAACGAAGAGAGAUUUUUCUUUUUCUUUUUUGGGUUAGUUAAUAUAUUAGUAUGGCAUUGGUUGUGUCAAGUGUGCAAUUCCAACCUCGAGUAAGAAUUGUAUAUUGUGUAGGAAAAAGGCAAAAUCGAGAGGGCAUUAUUGUUUGGAAAAGGGACUCAAACCCAAACCCAAAAUUCAAAACCCAAUUGUGUUUGCGUAAGCAGAGGCAGCGAUUGAGAUGCGUGUACUCGGGUGAAUAUUCAGAAAAUGAAGUUGAUUCUCGGAAUAAGUUGGUGGAAUUUAUUAAAAAUGUAUUUCCGGGUGGAAAUUGGUGGAAGCUUUCAUCAGAAGAUGUAGAUGUUGGAGGAACAUCAAAGCCUGUGACUGUUGUACGUGCUCUUAACAGAAUGUGGGAAUUGAUAGCUGAAGAUCGUUUCCUCAUUUUUGCUGCUUUUACUGCUCUCAUUGUUACUGCUUUAUCAGAAAUUUCUAUACCGCAUUUUCUCACAGCAUCCAUCUUUACGGCACAAAGUACCACUACCCCACUGUUCCACCGGAAUGUGCGAAUCUUGGUUGUGCUAUGCAUCAUUUCCGCAAUAUGCAGUGGUGUGCGAGGUUGCCUUUUUGGCAUCGCAAAUAUGAUCCUGGUCAAGCGAAUGAGGGAAAAAUUAUAUUCCACUCUUCUUCUUCAGGAUAUAUCCUUUUUUGAUUCUGAAACAGUUGGUGAUUUGACAAGUAGGCUAGGGGCAGAUUGUCAACAAGUGUCUCGUGUAAUUGGAAAUGACCUAAAUCUGAUUUUACGCAAUGUUCUCCAGGGAACAGGUGCUUUAGUUUAUUUGUUGUUUUUGUCCUGGCCAUUGGGAUUGUGCACAUUGGCUAUCUGCUGUGCACUAUUCACGAUAAUGCUAUUAUACGGCCAAUACCAGAAGAAAGCAGCUAAGCUAAUUCAGGAGUACACUGCUUGUGCAAAUGAAGUUGCUCAAGAGACAUUCUCUCUCAUGAGGACUGUACGAGUAUAUGGAACUGAGGAACAAGAACUGCAAAGGUAUGCACGGUGGAUGGGGAAAUUAGCUGAUAUAACCUUGCGUCAAAGUGCUGCUUAUGGAUAUUGGAACUUUAGCUUCAACACACUCUAUCACUCAACUCAGGUUAUUGCUGUGCUGGUAGGAGGAAUAUCUAUCCUGACUGGUCAUAUUACAGCAGAACAACUUACCAAAUUCGUAUUAUACAGUGAAUGGUUGAUUUAUUCUACAUGGUGGGUAGGGGACAAUUUUUCGUCAUUGAUGCAAUCUAUUGGGGCAAGUGAGAAGGUUUUUCAAUUAAUGGAUCUUGGUUCUAGUGGUAAAUUCAUUGACAAAGGAGCCAAGUUGGAAGGAUUAGCAGGACGCAUUGAAUUUGUGAAUAUUAGUUUCUACUAUCCUUCAAGAGUUAAGGUGCCGGUACUUCAACAUAUUAACUUCGUGGUGCAUCCCGGUGAAGUAGUAGCACUUGUUGGCCUAAGUGGUAGUGGAAAAAGCACUCUGGUGAACCUUCUCCUCCGGCUGUAUGAGCCAAUAAGUGGGCAGAUAUGUAUUGAUGGCUACCCGAUUAGAGAUUUGAACAUCAAGUGGUUAAGGGAAAGAAUUGGAUAUGUGGGGCAGGAACCUAGACUUUUCCGCAUGGAUAUCAGCUCAAACAUAAGAUAUGGCUGUAGUAGAGAUGUCAAUCAACAAGAUGUGGAAUGGGCUGCCAAGGAGGCCGCUGCCCAUGAUUUCAUUUCAUCUCUACCCAAUGGCUACCACACAAUUGUUGAUAAUGAUUUGCUCAGUGGAGGCCAGAAGCAGCGUAUCGCAAUUGCUAGAGCCAUUCUUAGGGAUCCAGAUAUUUUAGUACUUGAUGAAGCCACUAGUGCUCUAGAUGCAGAGAGUGAACACAACAUUAAAGGUGUGCUUCAUGCUGUCAGAAGAGAACUGAACUCAAAGAGAACUGUCAUUGUGAUUGCACACCGGCUUUCGACAAUACAAGCUGCUGACAAAAUAGUUGUGAUGGAAAGCGGAAAAGUUGUUGAGAUGGGUAGCCACAAAGAGCUUCUCCUCAAUGACGGCUUGUAUGCUCGAUUAACCAGAAGACAGGCUGAUGCUGUGGCAUGAAUUCUUGCAGUUGACCGACAUAAAGAUUAGAUAGAACCUUCUGAAUGAAGAGGACAGACAAUAUGGGAUUAGUUGCAGAUCUUGCAGUUGGACCAUCUCAAAUUUUCUCAAGGGAGCAGGUUAGCUUCAAAGAUUUUGCUGCAUCACUGGCCAAAGCUAUAAACAAUUUGAGUUUUGAUGAUGCUUAAUGUAUAACUUAGUCAAGGGGUUUGAGUGAUGUACAACAUGUCCAAAGGGUUGCAGGGACUUUUACGACAAAGAGCCGAUACUGUUGAUCCAUGUAAAUGUCUCGAUAGCAUGUCAUUCUGGUUCAAUCUACUAGAGCUGAAAUUGAAAGAAAACCCAAGCUCUUGUCAUGAUAGAGAAGCAUGUUUGUUUGGAAAAAUCACAUCACAUCUAUUUAUUUAAGGGUUAAUAUUACAACUUUUAGAUCUUUUUU